AAACAAUAUACAUAAUCUCCUCGUCCACGGAACAAAUAAUAAAUGUACAGUAACGAAAUGUCAACUUCUCCAAAUUUGGUCUCAAUAUAAAAGCCUUUGGCAGUCCUUUGUGGCAGGCACUAUUGUGAUAUUGUUGUCAACUGCUUUAUCAACAUAUUCAAUCACAAAUAGACUGAAUUAUACUAUUUAACUGUAUACUGUAUACUAUACAAUUGUAUCAGCAACCAUGAACAACCCAAGAAGAAGGAAAGACUCGGUGGACUUCUCAUCCCCACUCCACGACGAUGUUGAAUACCUCUGCGAUACACUUCUCACUUUGAUCGAGAAGCACUCUGAUCAAGAGACCUUAUUGACACUUAAAACAGUUCUGGAACUAUCCAAGGCGUACGACCAAUAUUUCAACAACCCACAGAACUUCACUACACUUGCCGCAAAGGUAGAGUCCCUAAACGCAUACCAACUCUGUUGUGUGGGCUCUCUUUUCAGCAACAUGUGCAACCUGGCCAAUCUCUCCGAGUACGUACACCGUAUCAGACGGAGAAAGGCAUACGAGCUUGGCGAAGGUACCUCUUUCCUGUCACACGUGUCCCUGGACGAAGUCACUAAAGACCUCGUGAAAGCUGGAAAGACGCAUGCGGAAAUUCGUGAGCAACUAGCAAGCCAGACUGUGGAUAUGGUACUGACGGCACAUCCCACACAGGCUAUCAGACGGUCACUUUUAGCGAAGCUGCAUGAAAUCGCAAGACUUUUGGAGCUGUCCCACGAGCCCAGACUUACGCCUGCGCAAACUGAAGAUGUGAACGAGCGACUUCUUAUGAACCUAGAGGCCUUGUGGCGCACCGACGAGGUACGUCGAGGUAAACCCAAGCCUGAAGAUGAGGCCCGUAACAUCACACAGGUCAUCGAAGACACGGUUUGGGAUGCCGCACCGGCUUACGUGAAGAGUAUCAACAGAUACCUUAAAUCAGUAGAUCAGGAUCCAUUGCCUCUUGACUCGACACCGUUCGUGUUCUCGUCGUGGGCUGGUGGAGAUAGAGACGGCAAUCCGUUUGUCACUCAGAGUGUGACUCGGGAGGUGGUGGCUAUAAAUAGAUACAGAGCAUGCACAAUGUAUCUGGUCGAGAUCGAACGUCUACUGUUUGAACUCUCAGUCUCUGAGGGGUCUGACGAGCUGUUGGCUUACAACGAGCGCGUGGUCGCUGCCACAGCUGCAGCGUCACAGCCCAAGAAGAUGAACAUGAAGUACAAGGAGUUCUGGAACCACGUGCCCCACACCGAACCCUACCGUGUAUGUCUGCACGAGGUCCGUGAUCGCAUGAACAACACGCGUAUAUGCGCCGAAGCCGAGCUGAACGGAGACGGCAAGUUCCCCCCCGACAACUACGACGAGCCUAUCUACACACUCAAAGCACAGCUCCUAGAACCGCUAGAGCUCAUGUACCGCUCGCUGCACAGCACCGGAGACGGUCGCCUGGCUGAGGCCCGACUGCUGGACCUGAUCCGCCGAGUGCACAUGUUUGGCCUGACGCUGGUGAAACUGGAUAUCCGCCAGGACGCGGCAGAGCACGCGCUAGCCAUGAACUACAUCACCGAGCACGCGGAGAUGGGCACCUAUACCGACUGGGAUGAGGCCACGCGUGUGUCGUUCCUCACGGAGAUGCUGUCCAGCAGACGGCCGAUCUUGGCGCACUGCCACAGGGCCGCAGCGAACGCUAAGAAUGUACUGGACACCUUCGCGUGUGUGGCGGAUAUUGGAACGGAGCCGCUGGGUGCGUAUGUGAUCUCCAUGUGUAUGAAGCCCUCGGAUGUGCUUGCGGUGGAGCUUCUGCAGCGUGAACACGCCCGUUACCAUGACGACGACACCCUGCGCGUGGUUCCUUUGCUGGAGACUAUCGGUGCCCUGAACGACUCGUACGAGAUGCUGACUGUGCUGUUUGAGAACAAGUGGUACAGAGAGCACCUGCGCACGCGCUUCAACUCUGUGCAGGAAGUGAUGGUGGGCUAUUCGGAUUCCAUGAAGGAUGGCUCGCGCUUCACCUCUGCGUGGGAGCUAUACAAAGCACAGGAGGUGAUGGCCAGCAUUGCACAGAAACACAACGUGACGCUGAGAUUCUUCCACGGUCGAGGUGUGUGA